AUGGCUAAAGUGAAAGGGAAGAAAAAUAGCAACACACCGCUAGAUAAUAAGGUUUCUGAUCUUAUUUAUCGAUUAUUAGAAGAAAAGACCUUGGAUAAGAAAAGAGAAGCAGCACAACUUCCAGCAACUGAUAUUACUGAAGAAGAUCAAGAUGCGUUCGAUGUGAUUUUUUUUGCAAAGGAUAUAACUGUGUCUGAAAUUUUCAACUUUUGCAUGGUUAAGGACCUCUCUAUGCAAAGAGUGAAAAAAGUAAUGUUAACGAAAACAAUUGAAAAAGUUUUGACCCAAAUCGUGACUGAAGAACAAGAAGAGUUUGCCUCCUUUCCUGAAUAUAAUGCUUCACAAGGUGAUGAUGAUUUAGAUGAGACUGAUUUAAAUGAAAUAGAAAUGAAGAAAAAAAAUUUAAUGAUUAAUUCGGAUUCUAAUCAAAUGAAUAAAAGCGUCACAAAUCAAUGGGGUAUCACUCCUGCAUCUGUACCUUCUACGCUUGGUCCAGAAGUUUCAGAAGAUUCUACUCAAAAAAUAAAUAAAAAGAGACCAAAGGAUACUCAAACGAGAGUCAAGAGACAAAAGACAAAGGAGGACCGUUCUCCUCCUACUUCCAAUUUACAGCAAUUAGGUGGUAUGGAUGAUGUAAUUGCACAACUUAUGGAACUUAUAGGGCUUCCAAUGUUACACCCUGAAAUAUAUUUAACAACAGGUGUAGAACCACCUAGAGGUGUCUUAUUGCAUGGUCCACCAGGUUGUGGGAAAACCUCUAUUGCAAAUGCAGUUGCAGGUGAAUUGAAAAUUCCUUUUAUAUCGGUGUCUGCACCAUCUGUUGUAAGUGGUAUGUCAGGAGAAAGUGAGAAACGUAUUAGAGAUUUAUUUGAGGAAGCAAAAAUGUUAGCUCCUUGCUUAAUGUUUUUCGAUGAAAUUGAUGCGAUUACUCCAAAGCGUGAUGGAGGUGCUCAAAGGGAAAUGGAGAGAAGAAUUGUGGCUCAAUUAUUAACCUCUAUGGAUGAAUUAACUAUGGAAAAUACAAAUGGUAAACCUGUCAUCGUUAUAGGUGCUACUAAUAGACCAGAUUCUUUAGAUGCAGCAUUGAGAAGAGCCGGUAGAUUUGAUAGAGAAAUUUGUUUAAAUGUUCCUAAUGAGGUUUCAAGAUUACAUAUUCUUAGAAAAAUUACACAAUCAUUAAAAAUCGAUGGGGAAAUUGAUUAUUCAAAGUUGGCUAAAUUGACACCCGGUUUUGUAGGGGCUGACCUUAAAGCAUUGACAACUGCUGCGGGGACAUGUGCUAUUAAACGUAUUUUUGAGAAUCAUAAUGAUCUAUUAUGUAAACCCCAAAAAGAUAUCACAAGUGAUGAAAAUAUUCAAGGCGAUGGGGAUAUACAGAUGGACGAGGAUACUCCUUUGAAUGAAAGUGAGAAUGGAAAACAAGAUGGGGGCUCAACCCCUGAACAAACCUACCUUAAAAAUACAGCUAAUAUGAUAGACCCCUUACCAUUGUCAGUGAUACAAAAAUUUAUUAAUAAUUUCCCAGAUCCACUUAACACUAACCAAUUGGAUCAGCUAUCUAUUAGAUACGAAGAUUUUUUGAAGGCAUUACCAACAAUACAACCAACAGCAAAGAGAGAAGGUUUUGCCACUGUCCCAGACGUUACCUGGUCUAAUGUUGGUGCAUUGAGCAAAAUUCGUAUUGAAUUAAAUAUGGCAAUUGUUCAACCCAUAAAAAGGCCCGAAUUAUAUGAAAGAGUUGGUAUAAACGCACCAGCAGGUGUGCUAUUAUGGGGUCCUCCCGGGUGUGGUAAGACCCUGUUAGCAAAAGCGGUGGCAAAUGAAUCUCGUGCAAACUUUAUAUCAAUUAAAGGUCCAGAACUGUUAAAUAAAUAUGUUGGUGAGUCUGAGAGAGCUAUUAGACAAGUGUUUACAAGAGCUAGAGCAUCUGUUCCUUGCGUUAUCUUUUUUGAUGAGUUGGAUGCUUUGGUUCCAAGAAGAGACACAUCGCUAUCUGAAUCGUCGUCAAGAGUUGUAAAUACCCUCUUAACAGAAUUAGAUGGUCUGAAUGAUAGACGAGGUAUAUUUGUUAUCGGUGCAACUAAUAGACCAGAUAUAAUAGAUCCUGCAAUGCUAAGACCAGGAAGACUAGACAAAACUUUAUUUAUUGAACUUCCUAAUAAAGAAGAGAAAAUCGAUAUCAUUAAAACAGUUACCAGAUCUAGCGGAACACCUCUGGCUAAAGAUGUCGUUUUCGAAAACAUUAUUUCUGAUGAACGUUGCAGAAAUUAUUCAGGUGCGGAUUUGGCAGCACUAGUAAGAGAAAGUUCAAUAUUAGCACUAAAGAGAAGUUUCUUUAAAACAGAUGAUAUACAAUCCGUUUUUGACAAUAACUUAGAUAAGGAAUUUGAAGAUUUAAGUGUUGGAGUAUCGGAAGACCAAAUACUGAUAACAGCCAAUGAUUUUUCCAAAGCAUUAAGCAUGAUAAAACCCUCAGUCAGUGAUAAAGAUAGACUUAAAUACGACAAAUUAAAUAAAAGGAUGGGCUGGAAUGAUGACGUGAAACUAAACAGUGAUGAUAACGCUGAGUCAUCAAAGUAA